AUUACAUCAACUUCAGAAUUGCGGAAUCCAGAUGUAGAGUAGGUUUAAAAAACAAAAAGAUUGACAGCUUCAAACAGUUCUGCGAAAAACUCAACAAGGACUCUAAUCCGAACUUUAUAUGGAAUACGGUUCAACCUCCUUCUUUUGAGGACCACGCUUGGGAUCCUUUCCUCGACCUCCCAUUCACCCUCUUAGAACUGACCUACGUCAUUAAAAACCUCGAAAUCAAAUCCAGCCCAGGCUUCGAUUCUAUUGACUACAAGAUCAUCAGCGCUUUACUACCCGAUGGCCUAGAAUAUCCUUUGAACAUUUACAACGAUAUCUUCUCUUCUGGAACGUCGAUCACGGAUUGGAAAAAAUACAUCAUGUUUUUCAUUCCUAAAGCAGACCCUGAUAAAUUUUGUCCUAUCUCUCUAGCCCUCUGCCUCGCUAAAAUAAUGGAGAAAAUGAUUUACAACCGUCUCAACUGGUGGCUCGAAUACCAUACGAAAUUCCACAAAUCCCAAUUCGGCUUCGGCAGAAACAGAUCCUGCAUAGAUAAUUUAUCCAUCUUGUAUACCAACAUCCUAAAAUCCUUUGCCAAGGGCUCCUCUACUGCUGUUGCCUUCCUGGACGUCAAAUCUGCCUUCGACAAUGUCCUCUGGGAUGUUCUACUUAAAAAACUUAAAGCACUCGGCAUCCCACUUUGUACCCUGUCUUUUAUUUACAACAUCAUCGCCGAAAGAGAAGUUCACUGCAAAUUUGGCAAUAUAGAUGAAAUCCUCUGGACAUUCAAAGGCCUUCCUCAAGGCAGUGUCCUUAGUCCUAUUCUGUACACCAUCUAUACUUCUGAGUUGGAAGAUGCCCUCCCACCUCAAUGUAACAUAAUUCAAUACGCCGACGACAUCGCCAUCUUUUCCGAUCUCUACUCCAUCCCCAAAGCCAUUGAAUCUUUGGAGACCUCAUUAAAUAAAAUUAGUAGAAUACUUCACGAUUUAGGCCUCAGUCUUUCCCCCAGUAAAUCGAAAUUUUGCAUCUUCAAAAAAUCAUCUAGCCACCUCAAUAUUAGUCAUCUUCACCUUAACCUUAACGAAGACAGAAUCCCGAGACACCAUUCCGUAAAAUUCCUAGGCAUGAUCCUCUCUUCCGACCUCAAGUGGAACAAACAUGUAAAUCAUAUCUGGAAUACCUGUCAAAAUCCCCUCAAAAUUUUAAAUUGCCUUAGACAUACCUGGUGGGGUGCAGACCCAUCGAUUCUGCUCGGAAUUUAUAGGGCUCUCAUUCGUUCCAGACUCGAAUACGGAGGUUUCCUUCUCCACAACCUCAGCUCCGAAACCUAUCAAAAACUCAACAGAAUUCAAUACAAGGCUCUACGUUUGGCGCUGGGAUACAGGACGUCCACUCCAAUUAAUGUGAUCUUGGCCGAAUCCAAGGAACCUACCCUCGACCUUAGGUUCGAUUACCUAUGUAGAAUGUUUCUUACCAAAACUUUAGCCCUAGAUGGUCACCCUUUAAACCUACACCUGGAUGACUUCACAGACCUCCUCAAGAACUCCGCCCUUCGCUCGACUUUUUCCACACUUCCCAAGUUACUUUUGUGUUACCAUGACACUACUCACUUCUCUGCAAACCUCUACUCCGAGGACCGACCCCAUAGUGGCUCCCUCCCUUUCCAAUCCUUUACCUUCUUACCCAAGGUCGACUUAACCUCAGGUUAUUAUCUGAGAGAUUCACGUGACCCGAACGCAUGCAUGGACGAGCUUUUCUGUAAUCUUGAAAACGAAUAUCUACACUUAUUCACUGACGGUUCCAAAUCCCCGGACAAUCCCUUUGCUGGUCUUGCCUUUUCAUCCGUGAACGAAGAAUACUCUGGCCUCUUUAGAGCAUCAGCCUUCCUCCCGAUCUUUUCAGUGGAGGCUCUGGGGAAAGUCAACCCCCACGUCAGCAACAUAAAAGAUGACAUCAAGGAAUUGGAAUCCUGGGGUUUCGAUAUUUCUCUCAUAUGA